UUUCCUGUCUCGGUUGGUAGGAGGAAAAGCAGCAGGCAACAGAGACGUGUAUUUAUAGAGUUGGAAGAAGCCAUUUCAUCAUGAAGAAACAGGACACGGAAGAGUCGGCCACGCAGGGCAGUGACGCGGCUCCACCACCUGGCACUGGAGAGAUGGAGGGAAGCACAGCGGCAAAAGACGUUACAGACACCAGUAGCCCAAAAUGCGUUAUAGACACUGUCUGCCCUAAAGAGCCAGAGCCAGACAGACCUUCACAGAUUGAUGGGGCUGAAAGUUCAGUGGCUGAGGUGUCUGCCGUUCCCAAAACAGCAGAGUCUGCAGCUCUCCCCGCAGUCCCACCUGUAGAAGAGCCUGCUUUCGUCCCAGUCCCAGUCUCUACUAUAGCAGACCCUGUCACAGUCUCUACUAUAGCAGACCCUGUACCCGUCCCAGUCUCUACUGUAGUGGAGGGGGUGUCGUCUCAGUGUGACAUGGCUGAGGAGCUGAGCCGCCAGCUGGAGGACAUCCUCAACACCUACUGCCUGGAGGACAACGGGGAGGACGGGGUUAACCUGCCCAACGGCCAAUCACACGGCCCUGUGCUCAACGGCCUGGCCAAUGAGAAGGAGCUGGACGUGAAGCCAGAGGAUGUCAAAGUGAACACCGGCGGGGCGGAGAAGGAGAAAGUAAAGACUCAGGAGAAGAAGAAGGUGAAGGGUCUGGGUAAAGAGAUCACCCUGCUGAUGCAGACCCUGAAUACUCUGAGUACACCAGAGGAGAAACUGGCAGGCCUCUGUAAGAAGUAUGCUGAUCUGCUGGAGGAGCAGCGGAACAGUCAGAAGCAAAUGCGUGUCCUGCAGAAGAAACAGUCUCAGCUGGUGCAGGAGACAGACCACCUGAAGAAGGAACACAGCAAGGCCAUCCUGGCACGCAGCAAACUGGAGUCACUCUGUAGGGAGCUGCAGAGACACAACCGCACACUCAAGGAGGACGGGACACAGCGUGCACGCGUGGAGGAGGAGAAGAGGAAGGUGGUGACAUCACACUUCCAGGUGACUCUGAAUGACAUCCAGGCCCAGAUGGAGCAGCAUAACGAGAGGAAUGCAAGUCUGAGGCUGGAGAACUCUGAGCUGGCAGAGAAGCUCAAGAAACUCAUCCAGCAGUAUGAACUACGAGAGGAGCACAUUGACAAGGUGUUCAAGCAUAAGGACCUGCAGCAACAGUUGGUGGAUGCUAAGCUACAACAGGCUCAGGAACUGCUCCUGGAGUCAGAGGACCGCCAUCACAGAGAGAAGGACUUUCUGUUGAAGGAAGCGGUCGAGUCUCAGAGGAUGUGUGAGCUGAUGAAGCAGCAGGAGGUCCAUCUCAAACAACAGCUGUCCUUAUACACCGAGAAGUUUGAGGAGUUCCAGACUACUCUGUCCAAGAGCAACGAGGUGUUCACCACCUUCAAGCAGGAGAUGGAGAAGAUGACGAAGAAGAUCAAGAAGCUGGAGAAGGAGACUACCAUGUAUCGCUCCAGGUGGGAGAGCAGCAACAAGGCCCUGCUGAACAUGGCUGAGGAGAAAACUCUACAGGACCGUGAGUUUGACAGCCUCCAGGGGAAGGUAGGGAAGUUGGAAAAGCUUUGCCGGGCGCUGCAGAACGAACGCAACGAACUCAGCAAGAAGGUUCAGGGCCUGAGCACCGGCCCCGGGGACAACAGCCCAGGGGCUGAAUCCCCUUCCCUACCCCCCACAGACUCCCAGGAGCCCAGCCCAGACCCUGACACCACCACCCCUAGCUCUCCAAUACCCUGCUCCCACGGCUGCCACUGCGGCCCAGAGUUGGACACUGAGAACCAGGCCUGUGCAGCCAACCUCACUGCCCAGGAAUGAGACCUCUUGCCUGGGCAACACCGCUCAGUCUCCCCUUCACCAACCGAUUACCAACUACCAGCCUGCAAGCCAAGCCACUAUUAAUGUGUGGGUCUGUAUGAUUUCCCCCAGAGUUAAAGUUGUCCCCUAACCAUAGAUCUAGGAUCAGAUUCCCUUACGUCCAUCUAAAAACCAAUAGGGCAGUGCAAGAAAAUCUGACCCUGGAUCUGUAGUCAGUUAGCAGCUUCUACCUACUCUGGUGCCUCCUGGAGAGUUGAAGGUGAUGAUGAUGGUGGUGUCAAUCAGGGAAGAUUAUUGAAGGUUCUUCAUCCUGUGUGUUUUGGUCUUUUUUAAUUUUUUUAAUUUUCCUUUGAGAACUCUAGUACACAAUGUUCAUGGAAAUCACAGCUUUUAUGCGAGGCAAAGCACGCUAAAGAAAGGUCUCAUCCCAAAUGGCACCCUAUUCCCUUUAUAGUGCACUACUUUUGACCAGAGCCUAUGGCACCCUAUUCCCUAUAUAGUGCACUACUUUUGACCAGAGCCCUGCUGGAAUAGGGUGGUAUUUGGGACACAGACAAAGUGUUGCUGCUGGCUGCUUAGGAAGGUAGAUCAGUAAAGAUGUUGGAACAGAAGAGUAUUUUGUGUGUGUGUGUUUCCAUCGGUCCCUCUUUUUCUUGUGUGUCUGUGUUAGUCAAAGAGGUUAAGAUACAGUGAAUCUGCAAAUGUAGGGCCACAGUUGGACUUGAAUUUUAGGAUUUAUGGCUUUUUUUUCUUGCUUUUUUUUGUUGAAGUUGAGCACACUGAAAGCAUGGCUAGCGCAUCAGUAGGAAUCACCUGACCUUUCCUUCGGUACAGAGAGCAGAGUGUAUAUAUCUAGGUUGGGGAUAUCUUGCAAAAGGUCACUUUCAUUCCAUUUUAGACAUCCUUGUUUAGGUCCAGAGCAUCAAAACACUUAAAGGGAUGGUGUAGAUAUUCUUUAUGAGUCUUGCAGAAUCGUUGGAUCCACACAAAAUGCUCUUAGACCAGGGGGUUUAUUCACUAAGAACCAACCGGAAGCAAAUGGGGCGAAACGAGGAGGGACCUCGCUGAAUUUGCCCGAUAAGAAAAUUGUUUUCAUUGCUAAAUGUAUUCCCCUGCAAAAUGUUUCGUUACGGUUUGUACAAAUGAAUACACCUCAAGAUUAGACAAAAUCGCCUUGUUCUUUCGUUUGGUUUUGGGUUGCUUCUUUAUAUCAGGGUUGGGUUUAAUUCCGUUCAGUUAUCAUCAAUACUUUUCAAAUAGGAAAAUUUGGAAUUGACCAACUCUGCUUUAUAUCAUACUGUACUUUGGACCUCUAUGUUGCAAAGACAGCACAGCAGAGUUUGUACACUGUAUUUGUUUGAUAUAAAAGUAACAGUUGUAUAUCUAAGGAAGAGUCAAAACACCACUAUAUAUAUAAAUCUAUUUUUUUUUUCUUAAUUGAUCCUCUUUUUUUUAAGCAUUCAUUGACCAUUUUGAUGUUCCUCCUCAUUCCCACAAUAUGCAAGUAUCCAUUACACACUCGUAUUACGUGCUUUUUCAAUUUCAUUCUACAACAUUGGAUCCAAUGUAAAAUGUUGUUUUAACGUUUUCAUGCUGGCUGUCUUUGCGAACAUGAUCAUUUAUGGUUAAGAUGUAUAGAUUCCACUGAAACGGAUAUUGAAAUGUACUGACAAAGGUGGCUACCCAUGAUACAUUCGCUAUUCUGUGUGUGUGUUUUGAGAAUGCAUAUCUCAACAAGAUUGUAACUCAACUUGGAUAGUUUGGUAGAAUCAGGUCAAGUAAAACAUGUUUUAAACAUAUUUCUAUGCAACCUUAGCAUUGUUAUCUAGUUCUGUGUCAGUUUGAUUUGAGAAGCUCUUAACUGAGCACGUAUUAUCAACUCCCUUAGAUGUGCACUGGCCUGGGGUGUGUUCACUAGGAACCAAAUGUUAGCAAACAGAAUACAACGGGGAGGGACCAACCUGAAUUUCUCCAAUAACUCACAUUUUUGUUGCAAAAACCUGAACCUCAGUGGUUAAUUGCGAAAUUCUUCCUUCUAUUUAUACUGUGUCACAAAACAACUGCUUCUUUUCUCUGUACUGUGUAGUGUUGACACAACGUGUAUAUGCUGUGGUGCGGUCAGUGUGUUCCCCAUACUCUUUGAAAAAGGAAGACAUUUCCGUUUUUAUGUUCUGAGUUUUUUUAUUUUCACCAUCAGAGUAAUGUUGGAAGAAGCAUGGCUUUAUUGCAAUGAAAGUACAUUAAUUAUUUCUGUAAGAGUGUAUCCAUGUUAGCGUCACAUGUCUUCCAUGUUUUAGUUUGUAGCGUUGGUCUGGCUCUGGGGGCUACCGUUUGAGGAAUGCAAUACUUUUCUUUAUUAGAUAAUAAAAGUGACUAACUUUCUUGAGCUUCACUUUGUUUUAGAGAUUCAUCCAUGUUGAUUUAGAACCCAAGAUGGUUUCUCUUAUUUUGGGUUUUUCCCCAUUUUUUUAAUUUUCAUGUAUUUUUCUUACCCUGUAUACUUAAUGUCUUGCUAAUUAAAAUAUGUACAUGUUGUGA